AUGACAUCAACCAACCGAGCUAGUUCAAGCACACCAUCCAAGAGCGACGCCAUGUCAACAACGUCAAAUACAACAAUGGCAUCCACAAAGUCCCUGCUUCGAUCGAUACUCCCACACAAGCGGUCGAAGGAGGCUGUUGAGCCGAAGAAAACGGAAUCACCAGAGGAGAAGGCGAAGCGAGACCUGAACCACGCGGAUGCCCUCUAUCAUUCGGCGCAAUACAAGUAG